AUGGCGGACGACGACGUGCUUUUUGAGGAUGUCUACGAGCUAUGCGAGGUCAUUGGAAAGGGCCCGUUCAGCGUGGUGCGGAGAUGCAUCAACAGAGACACCGGGCAGCAGUUUGCGGUGAAGAUCGUGGACGUGGCCAGUUUCACCUCCAGCCCCGGACUCAGCACAGAAGAUCUGAAGAGAGAAGCCAGCAUCUGUCACAUGCUGAAGCACCCACACAUCGUAGAGCUGCUGGAGACUUACAGCUCAGACGGGAUGCUCUACAUGGUCUUUGAAUUUAUGGACGGAGCAGACCUGUGUUUCGAGAUCGUGAAGAGAGCAGACGCCGGCUUCGUGUACAGUGAAGCGGUCGCCAGUCAUUACAUGAGGCAGAUCCUGGAAGCUCUUCGAUACUGUCACGACAACAACGUGAUCCAUCGGGACGUGAAGGUGAGACCAGAGACUGAAUACGACCCAACUUUUUAA